UAUUGUGACAGAUGAUGUAGCAUAUAGACUAUACCAGACAUCGAUGUAACGCGAUGAGUUGGUGGGGACACUGUUAAAGGAGUUGUAGCAAUGCUAAAUGUAGAUGAACUGCUCGGCUGCAUCGGAGACUUCGGACCCUAUCAAAAGCGGAUCACAGUACUCGGAUCCCUUCCUGCGUUACUUUUUGCUUUCGUGCUGGUCGGCGUCGUGUUCCUCGGAUACACUCCAGAUCACUGGUGUCAGUCUCCGGGAAUAGAUGACAUCCAAGAAGAAUGUGGAUUGACAGAGAGCCAGCUGAAGAAACUGACCGUGCCGCGCAACGAGGGGUCAGGCGAUCUCAGACGCUGCCAGAGGUUUGCGGUGGACUGGACCAACUGCAGUGACCUUAGCCAAUGGCACUUAACGACACAUUUCAACCAGACUGUUUCAUGCGACAGUGGGUGGGUUUUUAAUAAGACCCGCAAUACGAUUGUUUCCGAGUUUUCUUUAGUUUGUGAGGAUUCAUGGCUCGUUGGUCUGGCCCAAGUAUUCCUCGCAGCAGGUUUCUUCAUUGGCUCUUUUGUCAUGGGAUACUUGGCUGACAGGUUUGGCAGGAAGCCAUGUUUUAUUGUGUCAAUGUUUGGCCUUGGAUUAUCAGGAAUAGGUGUCAUGCUUUCGCCUAAUUACCCCCUACUGUUGUUCUUCCGGUGUUUGCAAGGAUUUUGUGGAAAGGGAGCAUGGACAGCCACCUACGUUCUUGUGAUAGAGUUCUUUGGAUCGAACAACCGGAAAUUUGUGUCUGUGGUAUUCCGUACCUUCUAUUCCGCUGGUAUGGUCAUUUUACCUUGCCUGGCCUACAUCAUGCCUUCAUGGAAAAUGCUGCAGCUGGCCAUGACCCUACCCUCCUUCCUUUUCAUCUCAUACUACUGGUUCAUUCCGGAAUCUCCUCGCUGGUUGUUAUCCCAGAGAAGAAACAAGGAGGCCAUGGCUGUUGCUGAGCGCAUUGCCAAGUGCAACAAGAGAACUCUCCCACUUAAUCUCAAAGAGUUGGAUGUUGUGCAGGAGAAACAGGUGGUCAGUCGUCCGUCCUUUAUGGACUUAUUCAGGACAAAAAGGAUGAGGAAAAACACCCUGAUCCUCAUCUAUGCCUGGUUCACAAGCACUGUUGUUUUCCAAGGCCUGGUCUUACGUCUUGGGAUCACAGGAGACAACAUCUUCCUAGACUUCUUCAUUUCUGCCGUAGUGGAGCUACCCACUGGUCUGAUAUUCUACGUGUUGGUAGACCGGAUGGGACGGCGCCCCCUAAUGGCGGUCUCCAACUUCAUUGGAGGUGUCUCUUGUCUCAUAGUCCCCUUCGUGCCCAUGGACCUCCUGUGGUUGAAGAAAAGCAUAGCCAUAAUUGGGAGGCUGUCUGUAGCUAUUGGGUUUGAGACAGUUAACUUUGCCAACACAGAGCUCUACCCUACACCCCUCAGGAACCUGGGAGUGUCUGUGUGUUCCUCAGCCAGUGACAUUGGGGCGAUCGCUGCCCCAUUCCUACUCUACAGGCUGGCCAGCAUAUGGCAAGAGUUGCCUUUGUUUCUCUACGGUGCCAUGUCUGUGCUGUACAGUGGACUGGUGAUGCUGCUGCCAGAGAUGAGAGGAGUGGAUCUGCCUGAGACCUUGGAGGAGGUGGAGAUGUUGAAAUGGGGCAAGCAUAAAGAAAAGCAGUCAAACGGAAAUGAGUCAGUUGUUGGACCUCUGACUUCAACUUGCUAGCUGUGAAGAUGCUUUCUCGGAAUCCACUGACAACUCUUAAACUCCGUCAAUGUUAUAAGACUGAGCUGCUGCGGAUACUGUGGAAAAAAAAUUGAUUUCCUGUGUGCUUAUAUUAUUCACUAAUCAAUAAAACUAGUCAUUGGAUACUAGUUAGUAUGUUCUCAUGUGAGCUUGCUAUUAAUAAGAGUAGAUUGUGUCUGUGUGUCAGGGUUAAUAGAUGUUCGGAGUCAGGAGAAAGUGCUGUGUAAGCGUCCCUUGUCAUGACUUCAAGGAGAACUCCAACUAUGAUCUCUCUAGAGUUGUCAUGUGUUGGGAGCUGUGAAUCUCUUUCUCUGAUACUGUUGUAACGUUAUUACUGCUUGACUGUCACUAUGUUUACAUUCUUGUGCCCUAUAAAAGAUGGUCCUCUGGCCUUCAGAGCAGAGAGAGACAUGAUUGAGACCUAAGCCUGGUGUUGUGUUGUCAUUUAUUGUCAGAGGUCUGGUUUUCUCUCCCAAUCUGCAGAUUGAUCAUGCUUAUUAAAAUCCAGAACUC